AUGCGUGAAAUUGUGAAUAUCUCUAUUGGACAAUGUGGUAAUCAGAUUGCAGGAAAAUUUUGGGAAGUUGUUGCUGAUGAGCAUGGCCUUUCUCCACUUGGUGUCUAUGGUGGCGAUUCCGAUUUGCAACUUGAACGAAUCAAUGUCUACUUUAACGAAGCAACAGGUGGUAAAUACGUUCCACGAGCAAUUUUAUGUGAUCUCGAAGUAGGUACAAUCGAUAGUAUACGUGCUUCACCCUAUGGUCAAAUGUUUCGACCAGAUAAUUUUAUAUUCGGUUCAUCUGGGGCAGGCAAUAACUGGGCUAAAGGUUAUUAUGGUGAAGGAGCUGAAAUAAUUGAUUAUAUAUUAGAUACUGUUCGUCGAGAAGUAGAAAAUACGGAUUGUCUACAAGGCUUUCAAAUAAUGCAAAGUAUUGGUGGUGGAUCAGGUUCUGGACUUGGUUCACUUGUAUUAAAUCGUCUACGUGAGGAAUAUCCUGAUCGAAUGAUGGUUGGUUAUAGUGUUUUUCCAUCACCUCAAGUAUCUGAAUCUAUUGUUGAACCAUAUAAUGCUAUGCUUGCUGUUCAACAUCAUAUUGAUUCAACUGAUAUGCUUAUAUGUUUUGAUAAUGAAGCUCUUUAUGAUAUUUGUACUCGAUCACUUAAAAUUUCUUUUCCUACAAUGACUGAUCUCAAUCAUCUUAUUGCUAUAACUAUGUCAGGUCUUACAACGUGUCUUCGUUUUCCUGGUCAAUUAAAUGCUGAUUUAAGAAAAUUAGCUGUUAAUAUGGUUCCAUUUCCACGUUUACAUUUUUUUAUGCCAUCUUUUGCUCCAUUAAUAUCACGAAGUGGUCAAACAUAUCGAGCAAUGUCUGUACUUGAAUUAGUUCAUCAAGUAUUUAAUCCUCGGAAUUUAAUGUGUGCUGUUGAUCCAAGACAAGGGCGAUAUCUUACUGUUGCACUUGUUUUUCGUGGUCGUUUAUCAAUGCGUGAAAUCGAUGAACAAAUGUUACACGUACAAAAUCGUAAUGCACAAUAUUUUAUUGAAUGGAUACCAAAUAAUGUUAAAACAGCUGUAUGUGAUAUUCCACCAAAAGGAUGUCGAAUGUCUUGUACUUUUCUUGCAAAUAAUACGGCUAUUGAACAAUUGUUUAAAAAAAUUUGUCAACAAUUUUGUGCUAUGUAUAAACGAAAAGCAUUUAUACAUUGGUAUACAGCUGAAGGAAUGGAUGAAAUCGAAUUUACUGAUGCUGAAGCUAGUUUAAAUGACAUUAUUAGUGAAUAUCAACAAAUUAGUAAUUAUGAACCUGUAGAUCAAAUGGUUGAUUCUUUGUCCAAAUAA